GUUAGGGUUUCUUGCUUUCCUUCGUUAAAUCCCUCUCCUCCCUAUAAAUAUAAGGCCAGUGACUCUCCGUCUUCUCUCAUUUGCUUUUCUAGGGUUUCUGCUGCGCAUUUUGCGGAGGAGCCGUCGCCAUGGGGAGGAGACCUGCAAGAUGUUACCGCCAAAUAAAAAAUAAGCCAUACCCAAAAUCACGCUUUUGCCGUGGUGUGCCUGAUUCUAAAAUAAGGAUUUAUGAUGUAGGGAUGAAGAAGAAAGGAGUGGAUGAGUUCCCAUUCUGUGUGCAUUUGGUGUCUUGGGAAAAGGAAAAUGUCUCCAGUGAAGCUCUUGAGGCUGCACGUAUUGCUUGCAACAAAUAUAUGGCCAAGUAUGCUGGAAAGGAUGCUUUCCAUUUGAGGGUCAGGGUACAUCCAUUCCAUGUUUUGCGUAUCAACAAAAUGCUUUCAUGUGCUGGAGCUGAUAGGCUCCAAACUGGUAUGAGGGGUGCUUUUGGCAAACCUCAGGGAACUUGUGCAAGAGUUGCCAUUGGCCAGGUUCUUCUGUCUGUUCGUUGUAAGGACAGCAACAGCCAUCAUGCACAGGAGGCUCUCCGCCGUGCAAAGUUCAAGUUCCCUGGUCGCCAAAAGAUCAUUGUCAGCAGGAAGUGGGGCUUUACCAAGUUCAACCGUACUGAUUAUGUGAAGUUGAAGGCAGAGAACCGCAUUGUAUCAGAUGGUGUCAAUGCCAAGCUUCUUGGGUGUCAUGGACCGUUGGCAGAGCGUCAACCUGGUAGAGCAUUUUUGAAUGCUUCUGCUUAAGUAGUUAUUCUGCUGAAGAAUGUCAUUCUUUGGAAAGUUUUAUUCAUAUCUUAGACUGUUUGGAUGUUAUGUUAUUCUUAGUAUGAUAUGAAGCUAGUGAGGUGUCGAAGUUUAUUUUAAGAUGUAUUAAGGAUAUAAUAUGAAUUUGAGAUCUUGUGGUUUAAAUUUUUGGAUCAAGUUUGAUAAUCUUGAGCGACUUUGCUAUUA